AAAUAAAAUAAAAUGAAAUUAGGGUUUUAGAGGGAUAUAUUCGAUAAUUUCUCUAAAUUGGAUAAUCUUUUCUCUGUUAACAUUAUCCUCUCCCCCUGCCCAAAAAAUGGCGGGUUUCUCAUUCUCCUGCUGCUGCCUAAUAAACCCACCAAUUCUCUUCACUCUUCCGACGGAAUCACCCCCAUUUCUUCUUGGUUCCGGGAAAGAUCCUCCGGCGACGAGACGGAGAGCUAGAAAGCUCAUCGUAUCGAACGCGCACUCUAACCCGAAGAUUAUAAACCCGAAGAAGAAGUCUAGGUAUGGACAAACGUUGUCUCCGUACGACACUGAUGAAGAGGAAGAGCUUGAUGAUGAUAGUGAUGAUGAUGACGACUGGUUACUCAACGAUGACUUCGCAGAGGUCACAGAGUAUGAAAAGAAGAAACCUAAGUCACAGAAGCAAACCAUUGCUAAGAAAGUUGGGAAGAAAGAGAAGGUGAAAAGUUGGGAGAAGCUGGAAGAAAGCGAGACUGAUGUAGACGAGUUGGAUAUUAGCAUUACUCGUAAUGCCUCUGACAAGAAGAAGAAGGUGGAGAAGGAUUCUUGGCGUUUAGAUGACCGAGUAAAGGUGAGCUCGAGGAAACAAGUCGCGAAACUAUACCCUCGUCUCUCAGAAGAGAUAGACAUAGACCCCAAAUGGGUACCUCUCCUGGACUACUUGACCACGUUUGGUCUGAAAGAGUCACACUUUGUUCAAAUGUACGAGCGCCACAUGCCAUCCCUCCAGAUCAACGUCUUGUCAGCGCAAGAGAGGCUCGAUUACUUGCUGAGCGUCGGUGUUAAACACAGAGACAUCAAGAGGAUGCUGCUGAGACAACCGCAGAUACUUCAGUACACGGUCGAGAACAAUCUCAAAGCUCACAUCUCCUUUCUGAUGGGACUUGGGAUUCCCAAUUCCAAAAUAGGACAGAUAGUUGCUGUGACUCCGUCUCUGUUCUCUUACAGUGUCGAGAACUCCCUGAGGCCCACGAUCAGGUAUCUGAUCGAAGAGGUUGGUAUAAACGAAAACGAUGUUGGCAAAGUUGUGCAGCUUAGCCCUCAGAUUCUUGUUCAGAGGCUGGACAUAACGUGGAACACUCGUUACAUGUUCCUCUCUAAGGAGUUGGGAGCGCCUAGGGACAGUGUGGUGAAGAUGGUUAAAAGACAUCCGCAGAUUCUUCAUUACAGUAUCGAUGACGGGUUCUUGCCUCGGAUCAAUUUCCUUAGAAGCAUUGGGAUGUGCAAUUCUGAUAUAUUGAAAGUCUUAACUAGCCUUACACAGGUUUUGUCUCUAUCACUGGAGGAUAAUCUAAAGCCAAAGUACAUGUAUUUGGUGAAUGAGCUGAAGAACGAAGUGCACAUUUUGACUAAAUAUCCAAUGUACCUGAGCUUGUCAUUGGACCAAAGGAUACGCCCGCGGCACCGGUUCUUGGUUGAGUUAAAGAAAGUGCGGAAAGGGCCGUUCCCUCUUAGCUCACUGGUUCCAAACGAUGAGAGCUUUUGUCAACAGUGGGCUGGAACUAGUGUAGAUAAGUAUCUCGCUUUUCGUCAGAGACUAUUACUCAAGGAUUUUGCAAACAAGUAUGAAAAGAGAAAAUGAUGAUGAUGGUGGAGAAAUGGAACUCAGCAGUUUUGGUUCUUUGUUGCUUCAAAAUCGGUGAAAGAGGUUCAUGAGCAGAACUGUGAAUGACCAUUAACUUCUGGUGAAACACGGUUCACAGUUUCUGCAGUCACGAAAAGAAAAUCCUGAGAAAACGGCAUGGCAACAGACAUUAUUCAUUUUUGUUUACCAGAUGAGGUUUUGUGGUAAUGUUUCUUUUUUUCCCUCUUCUUUCUAGUAAAUCAUGGAGAAGAGAAACACAAUCUCUGUGUAGUGUUUUUUUUGGCCUUGUUAAUAAUAGUAUAAACAUCUUAUAAAGUGUUGUGAUGUUGAAGUAUAGAUUCAAAAGUGAUGUAGAAUUGAGUUCCA